UAUAUGUUGGACCCCUGCUCUCCCCCGUCCCUGCCGGGGAUCGAACCGCCGACCCUCCGCCAGACCUCGCACCUCCAGCCCGAUGACAGAGAACCGAGUGGUCCGCGGCUCGUGUUUCCAGCCGGACACCAUUCGUCGCCGCACCGGCUCCAGGGAGCAUUUCCCGCGCAUUUGUCCCCGCAGCCCGAGACCCGGAGCCCCGACGAUGCUGAGCUGGACCCGCGGGGCCCCCAUGGAGCCGGACUCUCUGGACACCAUGUCGAAGAGCGACAUCCUCCGAGGCAUCAUCGUGGAGAAGCUGAGCACCGCGGCCCGGGAGAUCCUGGCAGUGGUGGAGCGGACGGUGACCGACUACGAGGAGGAGGCUUCGGGCUUCAGGCAGGAGAUCGACCGGCAGCGGAGACAGCUGGAGCUGCUGCAGCCGGAGAUCAAGCAGGAGACGUCGGAGGAGCAGCAGAUUUUUCCCGUCAGCGAAACCAGAGGAGUGGAGCCGCUGGAGGAGGAGGAGCUGCACAAAUACAAGCCCAGUGAGGGGGACACGGAGAGUCUGGGAAUCGUUUGCUACACCGAGCAGCAGGUGGAGGAAGAGGAGCACGAGGAUGAAGAGGAGGUGGAGGUGGACGAAGAUGAGGAGGAGGAAGAGGAAGAUCAGGCAUCGCUGAGCUCUGCUCCAGAGCCAGAGUACGAAGCAGCGCCCAGGUUGGCGCCUCCCUCAGCUCCAUCUGACAGGAGGAGCGUCGGCAGACCUCGGAUCAGCGACUCCCAGACCCUCAUCGACCUGAGGAUUCGCAUCCUGGAGGACUCAGACAUCGAUGUUCUUUCAACCGGAGUGUUCCGGAAGUAUCCGGCCCACGAGCUCCAGUGUCCUCGAGGUCUCCAGGAGGAGGACUUCCUGGAGCUGCUCAGGUCCUCCUUCCCUCAGCUGGCUGACGGAGAACCCUUCGAUGUCUUCACCACGGACAGAACCAAGAGGCUGCUUCCUCUGGAGGUGGACAGUCUGACCCCAGAGGAGAUCUACGGAACCAUCCGGUCCAGCGGGAACUCUGCCCUCUACAUCCGGCUGAAGAAACCGAAGGAGGUGUCGUCGGCCGAGUUCGAUCCAUCUCAGAUAGACGCUGCGGCCGAACCUUCGUCCUCGUCGGAUCAAACCAGGAAACACUCCAGGAGGAAGCCUGGCAGACCUCGGAUCAAUGACACCCAAACCCACAUCCACCUCAGAGUCCGAAUCCUGGAGGCCUCCCAGACCGACGUCCUGUCAGCCAGCGUGUUCCAGAAGUUCCCGGUCCAAGAGCUCCAGUGUCCUCGAGGUCUUCAGGAGGAGGACUUCCUGGAGCUGCUCCGGUCCUCCUUCCCUCAGCUGGCUGACGGAGAACCUUUUGACAUCUUUUCGACGGACAGAACCAGAAGACUCCAGCCUCUGAACGUGGAGACUCUGACUCCUGAGGAGAUCAGCAGAACCAUCCGGUCCAUGGGGAACUCUGCCCUCUACAUCCGGCUGAAGUCUACAGGAGAGCUGCAGCCCAAAGAGGAGGAACCUCUGCAGAGUAAAGAUGCUGAAGAAGAUCCAUCAACGCCAACAACCAGCCACCAGAUCAGCAGAGUUCCAUCUGACAGGCAACGGCGUGGAAAAGCUUGGAACCAGGAGUCGGAUUCCCACAUCGACCUGAAGAUCCGAAUCCUGGAGGACUCUCAGAUCAGCGUCAUGUCGCCCAUCGCAUUCCAGAAGUUCCCAGUCCAGGAGCUCCAGUGUGCUCGAGGUCUUCAGGAGUCGGACUUCCUGGAUCUUCUCCGGUCCUCCUUCCCUCAGCUGGCUGAUGGAGAACCUUUCGACACCUUGACCACCGAUGGCCUGAGGAGACUCCAGCCUCUGAACGUGGAUGUUCUGACUCCAGAGCAGAUCUACAGAACCACUAAGUCCACUGGGGUCCCCGUCCUCUACAUCCGCCUGAAGCAUUCAGCAGUGCUCCAGACUGAAGAAGCUGCAGCUGUAGAAGACCAAUCGACUCCUGAUCAAGCCUCAGCGAUCAAACCAGUUCAGUCUGUCAAGAGGAAACGAGGCCGACCUCGGACCAAAGAGUCUUCUUCUCAUGUCGACCUGAGGAUUCGAAUCCUGGACCAGUCUGAGAAUGACAUGACGACACCCGGAGUGUUCCAGAAGUAUCCGGUCCACAAGCUCCAGUGUCCUCGAGGUCUCCAGGAGGAGGACUUCCUGGAGCUGCUCAGGUCCUCCUUCCCUCAGCUGGCUGAUGGAGAACACUUCGACGUCUUCACCACAGACAGAACCAAGAGGCUGCUUCCUCUGGAGGUGGACAGUCUGACCCCGGACGAGAUAAACCAGGUGAACCGGACCAACCGGAACUCGGCCCUCUUCAUCCGACUGAAGACCCGAGACGACGUGGAUGUCGGUGAGAACAACCUGGUUCCUCUGCAGAGCGACGCUGCUGAAGACCUUCCAUCUUUUUCUGAACAAACCUACAGGAGCCCCGUUCAUCAGGGAGAACUCGGCUCCAACGUUCUGUCCAACAGCUCCACGUCGCAUCCUGAACACGUGGAACCGGAGGACGGCGAUGACGGCGAGGAGUCGUCCAACCUCUGGUUCCUGAUGCCGUCUGAAAGCGACGACGUCUCCGAUGGCGAGGACGACUGGAGGCCGAGGACGAGUGACGAGCGCAUCAGGAACGGAGAAUCGGACCGGACACCGGGGAAGCAGCAGCUCAAAGCGAGGAGGACGAAGCAGACGGCGUCUCCGCUGGCCGAACACAGCGACACCCAGCUGUCCUGUAAGGUCUGUCGGAUCCUGCGAGGCUCCAUGAACAUGUUGAUCAAACACGCCUGGAGCCACGUCAACGAACGUGAGCGAAUCUGUGGAGUCUGUGGAGAUCAGUCCGAGUCCACGGAGCAGCUCCGGAGUCACCUGCAGACCCACCAGAAGACCCACAGCUGCAACAUCUGUGGGAAGUCCUUCAUCACUGUGUCCGGCUUCAGGGGCCACAUCGCCCGGCACAAAGGCAACACGCCCUACAAGUGCAAGAUCUGCCACAAGGCAUUCACCGAGAAGUCAGUGCUGAUGAACCACAGGUGGGUCCACACCAAAGACAAGCCGCACAAGUGCGAUGUCUGCCACAAGUCCUACCUGUCGAAGCUGAAACUCCGAGACCACCGGUCCACGCACACCGGCGGGAAGCUCUACGGCUGCAACAUGUGUGGGAAACGCUUCCGCAGCUUGGACACACUGUCCGGCCACAUGGUGCUGCACUCGGGCCACACGGCGGUCCGGGAGCGCCGCUGCGUCUGCGAAGUCUGCGGCAAGAAGUUCUCCACAGACAAGAACCUGCGGAUCCACAUGAAGAACCACAGUGAGGACCGGCCGUUCGCCUGCAGCAAGUGCAACAAGAGCUUCUCGUUCAAGUCCAACCUGGCGACGCACAUGAGGGUCCACACUGGGGAGAAACCCUACCAGUGCCCCGUCUGCGGGAAAACUUUCAGCCAGAACCACUGCGUGAAGAGACACCUGCUGAAGCACCGCGUGCAGGAGAUGUCGCCCAUCAAUGGGGCGGCAUACUAGGAUGACCCGUAAAAAUGGCCGCCGGGUCCCCGGAAGUGACGCCUAAAUUAGUGCUGUUGUCUUUUUCUGGUAAUUUACAACCAGAGGGUGUGCAGUAGGGAGCUAACAGCUAGCUAGCAGUGCUGACUUUGAUACGAUACCUGCCUAAAUAUACCGAUGCUAGUCACGUUUUUAUACCGUUGAUCCGAGUUAUUUAAUAUUUUAUUGUUGCCGAUCCGAAUACACAUUUCAAGUAAGAGGUUUAGCUAGUGAAAGGGCACCAUGACAGAGACCUCCCUGUCGCUUAAUGACCUUAAAUUAAGCUGGAAUCUACUGAGCUAAUAUUUUGUCCCAUCUGUUAUGUGUCCAUGGCUACAAAAAGCUAAAUAAGCACCAAACAAAGGUCCAGAUACUCAAUUUUUGAUGGAUAGUGCUGUAUUUAUUAAGAGUACCAUUAAAUUUAUGACUCCUGUGUGACAGGAGGGCUCCUGCCUUGCCUACUAGAUAACUAGCAAUGUUGUCAUGAUGCCAAACGUCUCACAUUGAUAUGAUACCUGCCUAAAUAUACUGAUACUAGUCAUGUUUUUAUACCGUUGAUCCGAGUUAUUUAAUAUAUUAUUGUUGCCGAUCCGAAUACACAUUUCAAGUAAGAGAGCAUUGUGUGGGUUUAGCUAGCAAAGGAGAACCAUGACAAAGAUCUCCGUGUCGCUUAAUGACCUUAAAUCAAGCUAGAAUCAACUAGAUUGGGUUCAGGUUCACGCAGACAUCAACUUGUCAUAAUUCCCCAACUGAUGGUGAAACUACACCGCAGCAAGAAGCUAAAACAUCUGGAAAAAUCUUGUAAUAUUAGAUGACAGAACAAGGCGCUGAAAGUUUGUCGGUUUUUAUUAAUCAAAAAGGUAAAACACAACGUUGUUGUUGUUGACACAAGGAAGUGGAGGAUGUGAAAAGAAGACUUAGCACCGUUAGACUUAUGCUUUUAAACCAGAUCAAAGGGUUGCAGGAGGAUAUUAAACUAUCAUGUACAACCACAUAUUUAUAAAGGAUCGUGUUUAAAGUGAAUCAGAGUCGUAGCAUUUCAAUUUUAAUGCAAGUCUGAACUGCACUGAGUCGGUUUUGUUGACUGGUUUUAAGACUUUUUCCACGUUUCAGAAACAAAUACAGGAGGUCCUCAAUUUACGUCGGUGUUCCGUUCCUAUGGAUCGACUUAAGUUGAUUUUUGUCAUAAGUCAUAAGUCUGGCGAAAAUGUUAACAAAGCCGUUAUGUGCAUCACGAUAUCUAUUGGUGAAGCGACGGGGAUGCGGAUCAGCACCUCCAAGUCUGAGGCCAUGGUUCUCUGUCGGAAACCGGUGGAUUGUUCCCUCUGAAUUGGAGGGAGUUGCUUCCCAAGCGAAGGAGUUCAAGUAUCUUGGGAUCUUGUUCAUGAGUGAUGGGAAAAUGGAGCGAGAGAUGGACAGGAGGAUUGGUGCAGCGUCAGCAGUAAUGCAGGCGUUGUACCGAACUGUCAUAGGGGAAGAGGGAGCCGAGCCACAAGGCGAAGCUCUCAAUUUACCGUCCAUCUACGUUCCAGCUCCUCACCUAUGGUCAUGAGCUCUGGGUAGAGACCGAAAGAACAAGAUCACGGAUACAAGCAGCUGAAAUGAGCUUCCUCUGUAGGGUGGCUGGGCUCAGCCUUAGAGAUAGGGGGAGAAGCUCAGACAUCCAGAGGGAGCUCAGAGUAGAGCUGCUGAUCCUUCACCUCUAAAGGAACCAGUUGAGGUGGUUUGGACAUCUGAAUUGAAUGCCUCCAGGGAGACUUCCCUUGGAGGUUUUCCGAAAACGUCCACCUGGGAGGAGACCUUGGGGUAGACCCAGAACCUCCUGAAGGGAUUAUAUAUCUCAUCUGGCCUGGGAACGCCUCUGGAUCCCCCAGGAAGAGCUGGAAAGCAUUGCUGGGAGGAGAGAUGUCUGGAAUGAUCUGCGUCGUCUGCUGACUUCGUGACCCGACCCUGGAUAAGAGGAAGACGAUGGAUGGGCGAUGUUGAUCAGUUCUUCGGUAAAGUCAUGAAUACCAACAACUUUAAUGCGUGUAUGCCAGCAGAAGGGUCUGACUUACGCUGGGAGCCAUAAUGAAGGGCAAAAAGUUAGUGAAUGUAGCACAAUCCAAGGUGGCGUACAACCGGAAAAUGGAAACAAAGCCAUCUUAUCGCACCGCGUGACGACGUAUUCAUCCGCUCCGCUCGUCAGCUAGUUCUACGUAACCAGUUCAGACGAAAGGCGUAGGUCGAGUACGUCGUAAACUGAAGACCUACCCAUAACCAGUUCCCACGUAACGACAAAAUGCCGUAUGUCGUAAACCGAGGACCCGCCCCUAACCAAUUCCAAUGUAACGAUGAAAUGCCAUAUGUCGUAAACCGAGGACCUCCUGUAUUGGCUUAAAAACAUCACAGAGGCCAAAACACGCAGUUUGAAAAUCACAAGUCAUUGUUCUCAUUCUCUUUUUGAACUAAAACAUGAAAGAGUUAAUGUGUUUUCCUGCAAGACAUUAAGAGUUUUAGUUUGCUGCUUCCAGGUGUUUAGGACUGUUUCCUCCACAUUUCCAGCAGUAACUUGAUGAAUUAGUUGUAACUCUAAGGAUCAGGCUCUUUGUGGAGUUUCAGGGUUUGUGGUUGUAGAUCCCUAGAACCAGACAGCAGCCUCGUAUUUAUGUUUGUACAUUCGGAGGAGGAGGUGUCUGGUUGUAACUAUCCAUUAUUUCCCAUCAGUUAUUCGUUCUGUGGAACUUCUCAGGAUCCUCUGAGGCAUACCUUCGUUUAACUGACCAAAACUCUGAAAUGUUCUUCGGUUUGUACACGAGAAGCAGCUUGAAAACUGAAACUUUUAACUGACGAGGAAAAAUCGACCGGAAGUUCCCAAAGCACUCUCAGAGACUAAUGUUGGGGAAGUUUCCACGUUGAUUCAGCCGUUCAGGAUUCAUUCACUAGUUCUGGAACACUACUACUGGUCCAACCUAGUGGAGGCUCUGAGCUAUUUAUUUAACGUCUACUGGGAGUUGACUUCAGACUAACCAAUGGCAAAGAAGUCGUCGGUUUGGAUGGAGCAAAGUGUCAACAAAAUCACCACAAAGAGACAAAAUGGCAACUUAAAGAUGAAAACUGACUGAAAAUGAAUGAAAUAUAACAAAAACAACCACAAAGAGAUGUGAAAAGACGACAAAGACAUGCAAAAUGUGUUAAAUGUUACAGAGUGACCAAAAUGGAAGAAAAACAUCCAUAAAGAGACAAAAUUAACAGUACGAGAUGUAAAACGAGUAAAGUUGGUUAAAUUUACAACGAAAAAGAGACAAAAUGUAAACUAAGACACAUAAAAUGACAAAUGGAUCAAAAACAUCCACGAAGAGACAGAAUUAACAAUAUGAGACAUAAAGAGACAACAUGGCAACUUAAAGACGCAAGUUGACACACAGCAAAGACACACACUAUUAACAAUAUGGGACACAAACCUGACAUAAAAUCACCACAAAUAGACAAAAAAAAGACCAAAACUGGACACAAGAUGGAACAAAAACAACCACAAAGUGGCACAAAAUUUUGAAUAUGAGACAGAAAAUGAGUAAAAUUGAUUAAUAACCAAAACCAGACAAAAUACAAACAAAGACAGAAAAAUGACAGAAAUGAAACAAAAACAACCACAGAGACACAAAAUUAACAGUAUGGGACACAAAAGUGACAAAACCCACCACAAAUGGACAGAAUGACAACAAAGACACACAAAAUGACCAAAACUGAACAGAAGAUGGAACAAAAACAACCAUAAAGAGACACAAUGACAACUUAAAGAUGCAAAUUGACUGAAAUCACACACAAAAAUGUCCCGAAAAAGACGACAAAGACACACGGAAUGUGUUAAAUGUGACACUAAAUGACCAAAAUGGAACAAGAACAAAAACAACCAUAAAGAGACCCAAAAUUAACAAUAUGGGACGCAAAACUGACAUAAAAUAACCACAAAUCGACAAAAUGGCCACAAAGAGACACAAAAAGACCAAAAGUAGACACAAAAUGCAACAAAAACAACCAUAAAGACACAAAAUUAACAAAACAAGACACAAAACAGCUAAAAUUGGUUAGAUUAGUAACCAAAAACAGACGGAAUGGAAACAAAGGCACACAAAAUGGAUCAAAAACAUCCACAGAGACAAAAAACUAAGAAUACAAGAAAUAAAAGUGACCAUAAAGAGACUAAACGGCAAAAUAAAGAUGCAAACUGACUGAAAUCACACACAAAAUGUCCCAAAAAGACGAGAAACACAUAUAAAAUGUCUCAAAUGUGACACUAAAUGGACAAAAUGGAACAAAAACAUCCAUAAAGAGACAGAAAAUUAACAAUAUGAGACACAGAAGUGACAAAAUAUGAUGACAAAUAGACAAAAUGGCAACAAAGAGACAUAAAAUGGAACCAAGACAACCAUCAAGACACAAAAUGACUAAAAUAGUUUAAAAUUUUCAACUCUAAAGAGAAACAGAAUCAGUUUUUCUGCUGAGACGGUUUUUGAAGACGACGUGUUUGACUUUCAGUCUAAAACAAAAAGCAGGAAACAGGAAGUACUGACGUCCAGAAGGUGAAACUGAAACUUUCCAUGAGACUCUAGAAAGUUCCUCCUCGUUGGUUCUGCUCAAACUUUUCUGGAACUUUGAGUAAAAAACAAUAAACAAAAACAAGAACAAACCAGACAAACGAGGCAGUCGUUUUAUUUUGAAAAGCAUCGCUGGCUCCUAACAGUCAGCUGAAGGUUCUGGGGACUACUUUCAGGGGCGGACUGAUAUCCGGAGACGUGGUGUGAUGUUUUAAAGUGUUACUAAUAAACCGACCCAUGAUUAUUAAAAAAACACCUUUUAUUUGAGUUUGAAGGUUUUUAAUCUUUUUUUAAACGGUUUUUAUUCUGAAUGUCGUCCUGGACUUUUGUUUUUUUUACUCGUGAUGUUGUUGUUUGUGCAUAUUUUCAUUAAAUCUCUUAUUUUUUCACGUCA